CCAUACGUACGUGUGUUCUACACUAGUCAGAACAGAGCGGCAGCCACAUCCAACAAAACCAAGUCCCAACGUUCUACGAGCCCACCAACCAACCACCCAACCAACCAACCAACGGUCGAACGGACAUGGACCUCGACUAGAGAGAACACGAAGCGAGAAAGAGAAAGAGAGAGACCUCGAAACAGCCUGUCUACAAGACUACGAUUUGUUGCAGUCAUUUAGCAAACACUGUAAAUGUAGUGCUAGUCUUGUAACUGAGUUCGCCCGACGCCGUUUGUCUCUCUUUCUAUGCUAUCCUCUGCAGACGAGGCGACAAAAAAGAGCUGGCGGUGAGGUUCGAGGCCGCUCUCCCUCCCUCCCCUCCCUCCUUCCUUCCUUCCAGGCUGGCCCUCAACUUCUUCGCUCAAGAGCAUUGAUUCUUAUGGCUUGUAUGACUUUUUUCAGCCAGGCAGGAAUCAGCGUGUCCCAUUUACAAGACAAGACAAACAUGAACAAACCGACCGACCGAGGAGCGAAACCCAGAGCGCCGCCGACGAGAGGACCAGCAGGCCAGCUUGCUCUGAAAAGGUGGAGCCACAAAGGGGGAACCACUUGAAACGGGGGGCCCACAUUGGUCCUCGUCCGCUUGAUCCCUCCUCUUUCAUGUAGGAACUAAUGAAUGAACAUGGUGGGGACGCCGGCGCGGCUUGGGUGGUCUCACCCAUCCAAGCGCGCCCGAACAUCUCAUACCCGAGGAGGAUCUCUGGGCUUGCCUGACAGACCUCAAGCUUGUCAGUACAUUAAGUCAAUGUGUGUCGCGUUCUCCAAGGGGUGGUGCUGCUAGGGCUGGAGGACCCGUGCGUGCAUUCACCAGUCCAGUAUGUACGAAGACUACUUCACAAAGGGAUUCCAGCAAUUGCUUGAGGCUUGCUCGUUUGCUACUCGAUUGUACUCGUGUCGUGGUGGUGUCUCAAGUGGACGAGGAACAACUUGGUCGCGGGAUCAACGUGUCCCUCGGAGUCGACGGAACAUGGUCUAUGUCAGAGAGGGCGGCGAGCAGCAUCGCCACUGAAGCGCCUUCGCAUUUGCUCGCCCUCGCGGUAAUCGCCGGUGUGUGCCCUCUAAGGGGAUCAACCGCCGUCGUCGCUUCUCGAUCGGUCUUGGAUCGCGCAAUCGCCGCCCGAGCCGACGACGACGCCGUCGUCUUGUAAUGGUCAUGUUAACUUUGUCAAACAUUUGUAGUACAUCCUCAGGAUAAUUGGGAGUUAUGUUUUUAAUGUGAAGCGGACAAAAACCUGUGGUUGGGUUGCUCCUUCUUCGUGAUAAGGUUUUUCGAAGCAAUUAAACCAAGUCGGACAGAAUAUUUCUGAGUCCAACUCAUAACUGACCUCAACAAUAAGCGUGUGGUGGACUAGUGGUUAUUUUCUUGUAUUAUGUGUUAUCUUCACUGUAGACGAGAUCUGGUCGCGAUUUCUCGAUCAGUCGAGGCUUUGUGACACAGCCACCACGUAUUACCACGUCUUUCUCAACUAGUGCAUGGCCCACAUUGGAAGAUCAUUUUUGUUUUGACAAAGUUGCCAUCACGUCGUGUGGUUCCGGUGGCUCCACUAUUAUGUCAUUUCCUUCAUUCGCCUACUCAAGUGCAAAUAUUUCCUCAUAUCAUAACCACUCUGCUCAGAUCUUGAAUCAAUUUGCUCACAACGCAUCGAUAUCCCCGUCUGAUCGGAGCCGGAGCCCGAUCCGAGGCCUCAAUCCGAACGAAAGCAUGCAAUUACAGACCCAUAGUGGCCUCACCAGUCCAAACGGAGCACCUUCGACAGCGGGCGGAAACGUCACUCCAGCAGGAGUUUGUCUUUCAUCGGGCAGUACCGGAGGGGCUAGCACACCGGGAGCGAUCGAACGAAUCAACGGAGGCACGCCCACCCACGGCAUGGCCGGCAGUGGCACGGGUUCCAAUUCAGCGGCGGUUAGCCCAAUCUUAUCAGGUCCGGGAUCGCAUUCUCCCGCCAUUGGCGGCAUCACACCGACUUCUUCGGGCCUUAGCUUUAGCGCCAGCAGCCUGAUGGGCUCCUCAGUGACUCCGUGCAGUACAAGCGGCCCCAUGGGUGGUAGCAUGGCUGGGAUGACUGACCCAGUGACGGGUCAGCUCCUAGCUGAUUGCGACCCCGCUCGCCUGGCGGCCCUCUCGUACCCUCGUUUGGGCGCUGGCGGAUUGGCUCCCAUGUACUCUGCCGCAUCAUAUCCCAGCACAGACCAAAAUCCCUAUCCCAGUAUUGCUAUGGAAAACACAUUUUAUGGAACUCUGGGUAAUCCUGGAGCGUCUGGAACGGCGGCGGACAUGGCUGCUUGGUCGGCCUCGGCACUACCCCCCACCGCCGGUUAUUAUUCGUAUGAUCACCCCACCCUGGCUGCAUAUGGAUAUGGGGGAGGCUACGAUUUGGCAGCUCGACGGAAAAACGCCACCCGCGAAUCCACCGCCACACUCAAGGCCUGGCUCAAUGAGCAUAAAAAGAAUCCUUAUCCGACCAAAGGCGAAAAAAUCAUGUUAGCCAUCAUAACCAAGAUGACUCUGACGCAGGUGAGCACCUGGUUUGCCAAUGCCCGCCGUCGUCUCAAGAAGGAGAACAAAAUGACCUGGGAACCCAAGAACAAACUCGAUGACGAAGAUGUGGAUGUGUCUGAUGACGACGACAAGAACGACGAUGAUAAGCAUGAUGACGAUCCCAUGCAACGCCACCUCCACCGUGACAUAUCUGGCCUUCACGGGAUGACUCGAUCCGAUGAUCACAUAAAGGACGACGAGAGCAAAUCCGGGAUCCCCAUUCCACCCUCGAAACCUAAGAUUUGGUCCCUGGCCGACACGGCCGUUUGCAAAACACCUCCACCCUCUCAACUGCAACAGCAGCAACAGCAACAGCAGCAACUCCAACCAUCCCACCACCAACAGCUUGGCCAUUGGGGUCACGCCUCCUCUUUCGACAUGAGCCGCUCCUCAGCCGCCGCCAUGUCGGCCCUCCGAAGCUCGAACAUGUUCGGCAUGUCUCGGCCCGAUUUCAGUGGAAUGAUGUCCUCUGCUGCCAGUCAAAACGCCCAUUCCGGAGGCUCCAGUGAUCUGCAGGCUGACACGCCCCCUCAUACACCUCCCAACAACAAUAACAAAUCAAGUCAACAAGGUCAGAUGAGUGGACUAGCCGGUCUGAUGGGAGGCGCCAUGAGCGGAAUGUUCAACGGUGCCGGAGCCGGGGGCUACAAUGGACUUCACAACGGGUACGGCAUGGCGGCAGUGUCGGCCGCUUCGGCAGCAGCUGUGUCAGCUGCUCAAUCUCACGAUGCUAGCAAGUUGCUGCCUUUCCAGGGCCUGAACAGCCAUGCCAUGAACAGCAGUUCCUUCAAGAUGAUGUAGUGUCAAGGACUUCUUAUUAUCAUUAUGAUUCAUUAUCCCUCACCAGUGUCAUAACUAGGCCUCUCUCAACCAUUGAUCCCUUCAGUGGCGGAUCAUUCCGUUGACGUUUCUCCCUGUUUUCUCGCUCUCUUCUUGAUGACCAACCAACGCCUCUUCAACUUGGCCAUGGUUUUUAGAUGGACCAAUUUGAGAUGUGUGUGUGUCGAAUCGGAAUCUGCAGAAGAGAGCGGUAGCUCACUGACUUUUUAGAGUGGCCCGUCCACAUUCAGCAGACUUUGUUCUCUUCCCGAUUGUCUUCAGAUCACCAUGAUGACAACAACUUUACCAUCACCACCCUAUAUCAAGACACAGUGCAUACCAAAAACCAACCAAGAACAGUCACCAGCAUCGGAAUAUUAAAUUUCAAAGUGCCAUUUGUCGCCGUCGCGCAGAGUUUUGAACCAACCAAGCAAUUCACACCCGCCCUCUAUGAAGCAAGCCAAAAGUUUUAAUUUCACACCUAUCUUUAGUAUUAUCAUUAUGAAUGUCUUGGCGAUGAUUCAUUAUUCCGCUGGUCUGUUUCAAACGCUAAAUCUUUCGAAACUCUACCGUUUUCUUAUUUUUCCGUCUGUCUGGCACUCAUACUGCCUGCCUUCUCCCAACCAAUAAUAUUCUUCUGGCUAUUCUUUUAUUAUUCUGAUUAUCAUCAUUAUUAUUGAAAUUAUUUCUUCAAUUACCAAGAAGAACCCCAAACACCAAGAGACAACAAACGCACCAUCCCCAAAAUCAAUUUCAAUCACUGAUUUCGAGCAUUGUAUUACACAGACUGUUUUAGCUUUGUUAUUAUUUCGUUUAAAAAAACACUAUGCAAAUAUUAUACGUAAGAAGAAGAAGAAGACGAAAAAAAGCAGAAGAAUCCAAUUGCGAACAGAAUAAACUUAGUCCAAAACGAG